UUUUUUUUUUUUUUACUUCUUUUGAGAGUUAUGUCAGUUUCUAAUUAUUGUUAUAACCAAGUCCGUAGUAGCAGCCAUAUUGCUGAACUUUCUCCGCUAUGUAUAAGACAUUUUAAAGAGAAUUCUCAUAACAUUUUUGAGAAAAGGUUACAAUCUCCAUGGACGAAACGGACCACAUUUCAAAAGAGAUCAGCAUUUCAAGAAGAAUUAAAUCUUUAUGGAAUUGUGCAAUUUAAAAAAGAGAAUUUUGCAGAAAAAAGGGAUACAGAUGAUACAACAAAAAAAGAGGAGGAAAAGAGAAAGAAACCCAACUUUCAAGAAUUAUUCAAAGAUCCACCACAAGUAAAAAUAAUGGCUGACGGAUGGCCGGAUAAAAAUAUUUAUGAUCCUGCCAGAGAUAAAAUGUUUUGGUGGCGUAAUGACCCAGUAUUAAAUCAACAUCAUGAACAUUGGCACAUAGUUAUGCCUUCCGGAGAACACAAUGGGACUUCAAAAGAUAGAGAAGGAGAGAAUUUUAUUUAUAUGCACAGACACAUGUUGGCCAGAUAUGACGCGAAUCGUUGGUGUCUUGGAAUGCCGCUCGUCGAUCCAUUGAUUGAUUACGUUCAUCCGAUACCUGAAGCUUUUUAUCCUCCUCCAUUCUUAUCACAGUCUAUUGAUGGACGACCGGAUGGUGUACGGGUUCCUUUCCCUGCUCGUCCUCCUAAUCAGGUCUUUCGCGAUAUUGUUACAAUGGGUGAUGAUAACACCGAAACUGUAUUCGCCGUUAAAGAUUUAACAAAUAUACUGGACGAAAUUGAAAUAUGGAUUGACGGUAAAACAGAUGAGGUGCAUCCAUCUAAAUUAAACUUAACUGACGAUGAAGCAACAAGCUUGGGCGGUGAUAUCGAAGUCGUCUUACAUAAUAUUGGUCACAACAUGCUUGGUUAUAUUAUGCAUCCUUAUACAUUACAUGCCGUACCAAGUGUUCUUGUCGGCGCUCGUGCCGGAACGCGUGAUCCAUUAUUUUGGAGAUGGCAUCGUCAUAUUGACAACAUUUAUGCCAAGUGGCAGAAUUUAUUAGGACCUCGUGAUUUUAGUGAUGAUAUGCCACCAGUAACCAUCAGAGAAAAAGAUAUAAUUCUUUCAUUUACCGAUAUAUUACUUGAAGUUGAUAAGAGUGGAGUGAAUGAUACGUGGGUUAAAUACGCGAACGAGAAAUUUGGUGGUAAAUAUUUUGAUAAAGAUCUUUCAAAUCAUCCCAUGGUCACGAAAACAUUACAAACUAAAAUGAAGAUCCGAGAUUACGUCUGGUUGGAAGAUGGUCAAGAUCAUGAAAAAAUUCAAUAUUUAUAUCCAAGGGAUUGGAUAUGGUUUGUUCGUGCUCAGAAUGUUUCACCAAAACCUGUGACAUUAACGUUCCGUAUUUGGAUUGCGCCAAUUGAUUUGAUAGAUAAACAUGCUUAUUGGAUUGAAAUUGAUAAAUUCAAAAGAACUUUAGGACCUUAUGAAAAAACUGUCGUUUCUCAAAGAUGUGAUCAUGCGGUGGUAAUUCGUAAGCCAGCACAAAAAACGACAAAACAAAUGGAUGAUACAGCAAUCACACCAUGGCAAAAAGAAAAAUUAGAUCAAUUUAAUUUUGCUCAAGUCGCGGAAAAAUUAUUCUGUGAUUGUGGAUGGCCUUAUAAUUUAAUUAUACCACGUGGAAGUAAAAAAGGAUCAACAUUUAAACUUUUCGUUUAUGUUUCCGAUGGUACGAAUGAUUUAGUAAGAACAGAUACACAAUGUGUUCCUGAUAUCAAACCUUUUGGUUAUCCUUUUGAUAGACCUUUUAAAGAUGGUUCUUUUUAUAAAACUUUCCAAGGCAUGAAAAAUGUUGCUCAUACUGAUAUUACAAUUAAAUGGGUUGAGGAUUUCCCUGAAGUAUAAAUAUAUUUUUAUCAUAUUUUUUAUAUUUAAUGUAUUAUAAUUUUUGAAACAAAAAGAAACAAAAGUUUAUAUCCAUUUCUUGAUUUGUAUAUAGUAUAUACGUAAAUUAUUAUUGGU